UCAUCUCCCUUUUCCACAAAGAAUCGCCCGUAAAUUGUACACGUUUUGCUGUUAAAAAAGCGAAAUUUUUCUGCAAAAUUUCAAAAACUAACAGCAAUUGCAUCAGAUUUUAGUGUUUUAAUAAACAAAAUUAACGUACAAAACGUAUAGAAGGCAUCAAAAUGGCAUUAUCUUCGCGUUUUUAUAGUGAAAAAUAUCCCGAAGUGGAAGAUGUGGUUAUGGUCAACGUACUGUCCAUUGCCGAAAUGGGUGCCUAUGUGCAUUUAUUGGAAUACAAUAAUAUAGAGGGUAUGAUUCUGUUGUCUGAAUUGUCCAGACGUCGUAUACGUUCCAUCAAUAAGCUGAUUCGUGUGGGCAAAACAGAACCUGUUGUCGUCAUUCGUGUGGACAAGGAUAAGGGUUAUAUAGAUUUGUCAAAACGUCGUGUCUCACCCGAAGAUGUUGAGAAAUGUACAGAACGCUAUGCCAAAGCUAAAGCUGUCGAUCUAUUGCUGCGUCAUGUUGCCAAUUUGUUGGGUUACGAGUCCAGUGAACAGUUGGAACAAUUGUACCAGAAGACCGCUUGGCAUUUCGAAAAGAAAUACAACAGCAAGGCCGCAGCUUAUGACAUUUUUAAACAGUCCGUAACAGAUCCCACUGUUUUCGACGAAUGUGAUUUAGAUGAAAAGACAAAAGAAGUUUUGUUGAACAAUGUCAAGCGCAAGUUGGUAUCACCCACCGUUAAGAUACGUUCUGACAUUGAAUGCUCCUGCUAUGGUUAUGAGGGUAUUGAUGCUGUUAAGGCUUCCUUGAGCAAGGGUUUGGAAUUGAGCACUGAAGAAUUGCCCAUUCGUAUUAAUUUGAUUGCUCCUCCACUUUAUGUGAUGACCACUUCAACUACCAAAAAAGCUGAAGGUUUAAAGAUUUUGGAACAAGCCAUCGAUAGCAUUAAAGCCAAAAUUACAGAAUACAAUGGUGAAUUUAAGGUUAUUAUGCCACCCAAACUUGUUACUGCCAUUGAUGAAGCUGAUUUGGCACGUCGCUUGCAACGGGCUGAGGCUGAAAAUGCCGAAGUUGGUGGUGAUGAUGACGAAGAGGAAGAUGAUGAUCAAGAGGGUAUGCAAUUUGAUCCAGAAAAUGAAUCAAUUAAUCACAAAGGUGGACGUCGUCCCACGAAAAAGGGUGACGAUGAAGAUGACGAAGAAGACGAUGAUGAAGAAGAUGAGGAAUAAAUUGUUUUUGCGUUCAUUUCGGUUUAUUUUCAAAAUUCUCAUUUGAAAUAUAGAUUUGCAAUUGCUAUUUUUUUAAAUAAUAUUAGUUUAUUUAAAGCUUUUAUGUGUACA